CACCAAAUACCAGGGAGAUUAUUGCGCAUCAAGUGUAAGGAACGCCAUGCCGUUCCUUUUCAUCAAACUUUAUAUGGCGGAGAACUUUAAGGCGGAAAUCAUGUCGGAAGUGUCUGAAAUUGAAGGCGAAGUGUAUAAGAGCAUUAGAAGGUCGUUGGGGAAAUACUUUACGCACCACCACCACUUAAGUAUCCCUAUAAGGUAUCUCUUUGAUCGCACCCAGUUCAACAUUCUCGCCGAUCGCCUAAUCCCGGAAAUAAGCCGCCUCGAAAUAGACGACCAUAGCUAUGCUGCGACCAAUAUUAAUCUUAAAAGGCUUGGUGCGGACGUCAAUCGAUACAGCACUCUUCACUCCGAUGAGCUCUCUGUCCAACUGUCCGAGUCUCCGAAUACCGUGUUGCUUCACGUCCUUCAAAUGGCCACAUUGUUGCAAGCACCCUUUUACAACCAAUCAUGGCCGUUUUCCCUCAAAUUCGGCGCCUUGGGUGGUUUUGUUGCACGAACCUUUUCCAACCUCCACUGGACAUUGAACUUGCAAUUUUUAGAAAAAUUCGAUUGCUUUUGGGAUAACUACGGAAGUCUUCACGACUUAAACUCCGCGGAGUCGGAGAUCGGUAAUUAUUCCCACGACUUUGACAGAUUGCGACUGGCAUUUUCUGCCUAUCAAAGUCACAUGAAGCAGCUUCUGGAGGAUCCCAAGCAGGAGAGGAUCAACGAGCAGAUGCCAGGACUCGACAUGUCGCCGGAGCAGCUCUUUAUUCUGGGAUCCAUUCAGACGCUUUGCUCCGAUUACGAGGAUCAUCAUGCGUACAUAGCUAUGGCCUUGCUAACAAGAAACGAGGAAUUCUUCCAGGCCUUUAACUGUUCUGCAGGAUCUGGCAUGCGUUCGCAGCCGAAACUUGUCAUCUGUGGUAACGAAACUUAA